AUGGCGGCAGAUCAGGGAGGAAACAAUGGGCAGCCUGUGGCGCAGCCCGUGAGCAGGGAGAAGAUCUUGCAUGCGCUUGCGUCUCUCAUGGCCAACAAAGAUGCAGCCUACGUUGCAGGGGUACGCAGCCGGGCAGCGAAGGGGAACUUGCAGAUCAAGGGGGAGAGCAUCACCGCCGAGAUCGUGGAUGAAGCGCUCACACGCCUGCCCAAGACGGAAGAGAAGGCCAAGGUGGCGGAGGCGGCUCCGGCAGUCGGUGCUCGCUGGACCCCAUCCUCUGCUUCCAUUGCAUCCAUCGUCAGCAAGGCGCUGAUGGAGUGUGAAGAUGCUGAGCAGUACAUGGAGCGGGUCCGGGUUGUCGGGGAUGCCAAGGUGGCAGUCUUGCCAAAGCCAGACGUCAACACCACGCCCACUGGGGAAUUCCUCUGUUCAGAGGAGUGGGCAGACACUGUGGCACGAAUGGUGAAUCGCAAGGACGGCCGUGUCUACGUGCGUCUUCGCAACUUCAGCGGCUGGGUAUCCUCACGAUCCCGCAAUGACUACAACAAGGUCGUGCUGGACGUGGAGGAAGGUAAGGCUCCCUUGGAGCCCGGCACUGCGCAGGUUAUCGCAACCAGCCGGGCCAUGCGCCUGCUGCCGCACAUGACGCAGGAAGGCUACCAGGUCUCCAAUGCCAGCGGCACGAAGGUCCGUCGCUUCCGCACCACUGUUAUCACGCCGAUCCUUCAAACGGCCGAUUGCAGCGCUGCCAAUGUUGCCAAGCUGCAGCCAAAGGAGGAGUUUCUUUCAGAUGGCGCCUUCCUCCGUGCUGCGGACGGCCGAGCCUACCUUCACCUCAAGGAUGGCAAGGGUUGGAUCUGCGAGCGCACGAAGUCGGAUUUUUCCAAGCUGGCUAUCGAACCUUGUGGCUCCGCCGAAGAUCUCGUCGAGGAGAUUGAGGAGCCCGGGGUUCCGCAGCCUGCGCGGGCCCGUGCCGGGGGCAAGAAGAAGGUCUUCCUGCUGGAGCAUGCCGAAGUUACCGAAGUCGAGACCGUGGCCCACGAUGCUGCACAGCCAGGGGCCGAUGCCGAGGCAGCACCACCUGAGGUGGUCUUUCGCUCCGACGCAGAGAUCUGGCCUGAGGAAUAUCACCCUCCAAAGCCCAUCGGACGCACCACGCGCUUGGCACUUCGGCGCCUUUUCGUCUGUCACGGGAAGAAGGUGAAGGAGUGUGAAGAGGAUCCUGGCAGUCUUCAUGACCUGGGCCUUUCGUCAUUCGGGGUUCGGCGGUUUUGA